AUGAUGCUGGCUGCUUCCAGAGUCCUCAUUAAUCGUAUCUCACAUUCGCCACCAGCAAUGACAGCUGCAGGCGGGUGUGGACAGAAGAAGGAGAUGCAUUUGACGAAGCUUGAAGUUGCCCAUGAAGAGGAAGCUGAGGGAGUUCCCGGUACCCUUCUUCCAGUUGGGUGGAAUGAAAAGAGAGAUGCUCCUGGAAAGGUACCUACCCCAGGAAAAAGCCAAAGAAAAUUCAACUAUCUCUGUAUCGCACUCUCUCUGGAUUCUGGAUUUUCGCCCCCUUUAAGUUUAUACCAAAAUCUGCAAAUCCCAAAUGCAAAGACUGCAAAAGUGAUGGGGAUUACAAAGCAAACGGAUUGCCGGGAAUGCGGGUCGGAGGAUCCGAUAACCCUGCACAACCUCUGGUACCGGGGCAUCUACAGCCAGCUAUGCACGGCGUGCGUUCUAGCCCACCACGUGGCGUUCUUUUGCCCCAUCUGCUUCGAUGUCUACGAGGAUACGAAGCUCCCUCCACCGCACCUCCGCGUCAUGUGCCUCCGCUGUCCCGCCGUAGCCCACAUCUCUUGCGUUCACUCCCUUCCUUCUUCUUCUUCGUCCUCCUCGACUCGCUAUCACUGCCCUCGAUGCUCCAUUCCCAAUUUCACUUUUUUCAAUUUGAAUGCCAGCGAUGUUCAAAAUGGCAAUUUGAUUACUAAGGAUUUAGCCAAGCAAUUCGUGGCCGCAGCCAAAAUUGCUUUGAUGUCAAUGAAUAAGGCAGCCGUUAUUGCGAGGGAAAAUGCAGAGAAGAGAGCUUCGGAGGCCGUGGUGGCUCGAAAGAGAGCUAAAGAGGCAUUGGACAAGGUCGCUUUUUUGAUGCUCAAAGAGGCGGAGGAGGAUUCAAGAUCAUCAUCCAAUUUAUAA